AUCUCACCUGUUGACUGCGAUAUGUCAUGUGGCCUUUCACCAAAUACCAAUCAAGAAGUACAGGGCCUACCCCUUUUAUUGACAAGCAAGAAGAGUGAAGCCUUCAGAAAUGACCAACAUAAAAAAAUUUUCUGCAAAUGAAGAUGGAUUCAAGGUUACGAGGGAAGUUCAGGAAUACUUCGAUGAAAAUGGAUACAUUGUUGUCAAGGGUCUCCUCGACUCGGAAGAGGUGACCAUGUUGAAGGAAGCCAUGGAACAGGACCGGGAUGUCUUGUCCAACUGCUUCGAGCGCGACGAUGGUGACGGACAAAAGGUGAAGCUGUCGCUGUGGAACGAACCUGGGGAUGACAUCACGGGGUACCUGGCAAGAUCGGAUAAAGUGGCUGGGACAUUCGACGAGCUGCUUGGAGGGGAAGUCUAUCACUUUCAUACGAAACUUGUGCAAAAAGAAGCUUUUACUGGCGGCUCCUUCGUGUGGCAUCAGGAUUACGGGUACUGGUAUGACAACGGCGUCCUUGUUCCUGACUUAGGAACUGUCAGCAUAGCCAUUGAUAGGGCCGACACCUCGAAUGGAUGCCUGAAGGUUUUGCCCAGGUCCCACAAAGCAGGUCGCAUCCACCACGUGGUCGUAGCCGAACAGGUCGGGGCCGACCCAGACCGUAUGAAGUACCUCACAGAAAGAUUCGAUGUGGUCGACGUGGAACUGGAUCCAGGUGAUGCACUCUUCUUCCACUGUAACCUCCUCCACAAGAGUGACCAGAACAACAGUCCCAACAGAAGAUGGGCAAUGCUGUUUGCCUACAACAGGGCCAAUAACUCGCCUGUUAUAGUUGACUACCAUCAGCCAUAUAAACCAUUGAAAAGGGUGAGAAACUCUGAGGUCAAAAAUUGCUCGAAGUCGACUCAGAAGAGGAAUUACCUUGAUGCCAUAAACGAUGACCAGGCUUACCAAAAACAGCUACAGGAACAGAAGUAGCCCUUACAGGUCCAGAGGAUCGAUGCCGUCCACUACAUCACACGAACUUUUUCCGUCCUUGGCUUAUGAUUUCAAUACCAUAAUAGAGUGCACAUAAAACUUAAAUAAAAACAAAUUUUGUCACUAACGCUGACGGGAACUUAACUAGGCUUAACCGAAGGAGCUAACGCCAGUGUUGGUGACAAAAUUUGUUUGUUUGAACAACCAAGCCCUGUCAUCAGAUAUUUCAAUCUGCGUCAGAGACAAUCGUCAAGUUCUGUUUUAUUUAAGCUUUAAAAGUAAUUCUGAAUGAAGGCAUUUCAUCGUUGCUAUGCACCUUUCCAGAAAUGGGGCCCUGAGUGUCCGAAAUAGUGAUGUCAUAAGGGGAAACGAGGCCUUCUGGUGGAGGGACAAAGGAGAUAGUCAUGGUUGACCAACACACUUGAAUGCCUUUAAUGACGGACAAGGGGGAAAGUUAGUUCCAAUGCAAGCCUGUCCUUUCUGUCUUUGGUUCGAUUCACGGAAAGGCCGCUUCAUCGCGGAUCGUGGCACUCUCUCUGAUCGAAUUGGCCUCCUCCGUCAAAUGUAAUGAAACGAAAACGAAUGAUUUGUAUAUGAUAUUUUCGGGUUUAUUUCUUACAUUUAUAAUUUUUGCGAUAAAUAUUUACAAUAUUUCCAACAGUAUUGAUUGAAAUGAGGUGAAUCAAAUAUAUACAUCCCUUAAA